UAAAUCAAAUUCAUCAUUUCCUCUUUCAAAUUCUCCCAAUCUUCAUCAAAAUGGCACGCACAAAGCAAACAGCAAGAAAAUCGACCGGAGGCAAGGCACCAAGAAAGCAACUAGCUACAAAAGCCGCAAGAAAAUCAGCUCCAGCAACCGGAGGUGUGAAGAAACCUCAUAGAUUCAGACCAGGAACUGUAGCUUUAAGAGAAAUCCGUAAGUAUCAAAAGAGUACUGAACUUCUCAUCCGUAAACUUCCAUUCCAAAGACUUGUUCGUGAGAUCGCUCAGGAUUUCAAGACGGAUUUACGAUUCCAGAGUUCUGCUGUUGCUGCUUUACAGGAAGCUGCUGAAGCUUAUUUGGUUGGUUUGUUUGAAGAUACUAAUCUUUGUGCUAUUCAUGCUAAACGUGUUACUAUUAUGCCUAAGGAUAUUCAAUUGGCUCGUAGAAUUCGCGGUGAGAGGGCUUAGAUCUGAUCUUAUUAAUCUUUCUAUAUAGUAAUGAUGUCUUGUGCUUCAUAUGAACAACAAAUCAAUUUUAUUUGAUCUU